UGUUCUUGAAAUCCGCCCUACCUCCUCCAGCCGGUAAUUGAUGCCGUUAAGGGUUUGAGGUGGUAUGGUUCUGGUUAGUGAUGUAAGAGGGGUGUAAGGGCACAACCCUCAGCCUCCACCAAUGGAAAUAUGGGCAGGGUUGAACACCCAUUUUCGAGGAUAUUGCUAUAAAACCGGCUUAAUACAUCCCGUACAGUUCAUUUUAUGUAAUUAACCUUCGCUGCUGCUUUUUGGACAGACUUUGUGUUGACUAUUCAGUGAGUUCCAGGAUGGAUAAGAAGUCUUACUUGGUUCAGAUGAAUAGGAAUGGUGUCCAUGGCACAACUACUGUUAAUGCAAAAACUCUGAGUGGGACUGGAGUGAACGGGAAGGGAGUACAAGGGAAUGGCAUCCACCAUGUCAGUGUGAAUGGUAGUUUGUAUCCAGCCAAAGCCAAGAGCCGCAGGCAGAGAUGGGAAGUGAAGGCUUCAGAGAUGGCCAACAACACACUUAAUCCUAUCAGGGCCAUUGUGGAUGGAAUGAAGCUCACCCCAAAUCAUAAUAAACCCAUGAUCGCACUUUCCAUAGGGGACCCCACUGUGUUUGGAAACCUACCUACAGAUCAUGCAGUGCUUCAGGCCAUGAAAGAUGCUAUAGACUCCCAAAAAUACAACGGCUACGCUCCUUCUGUUGGUUAUCUGAAGAGCCGACAGGCAGUGGCCAACUUUUAUAGCUGCCCUGAGGCUCCACUAGAGGCAGAGGAUGUGAUUUUGACCAGUGGCUGCAGUCAGGCCAUUGACCUGGCUAUCAGUGUCCUGUGUAACCCAGGGGACAACAUCCUGGUCCCAUGCCCAGGCUUCUCCUUAUAUAAAACUCUGGCUGUCUCCAUGGGUAUCAAGGUCAAACUCUACAACCUGCUGCCAGAGAAGUCAUGGGAGAUCGACCUGCAACACAUGGAGAGCCUGAUUGAUGAGAGGACGUCCUGUCUGAUUGUUACCAAUCCAUCCAACCCAUGUGGAUCUGUUUUCAGCAAGGAACACCUACAGAAGAUCCUCAAAGUGGCCUCCAGACACUGUGUUCCAAUUCUGGCUGAUGAAAUCUACAGAGAUAUGGUUUUCCCAGGUUGCAGUUGUCCUUCCAUGGCGUCUCUCAGCAGUGACAUUCCCAUCCUUUCCUGUGGUGGCUUGGCUAAACGCUGGCUGGUCCCUGGUUGGAGGAUGGGAUGGAUCCUCAUCCAUGACAGGAAUGAUAUAUUUGGUUCCGAGAUUAGACAGGGACUAGUGAAACUGAGCCAACGUAUUCUGGGAGCCUGCAGCAUUGUCCAGGGUGCGCUGGAGGGCAUCCUCAAUAACACACCUCAGAGUUUCUACACCACCACAAUCAGCUUCCUAAAGUCCAACUCAGAGAUUUGUUUCAAUGAGCUGUCCACCAUCCCCGGCCUGAACCCUGUCAUGCCCUCAGGAGCCAUGUACCUCAUGGUGGGGAUUGACAUGGAUCACUUUCCAGAUUUUGAGAAUGACGUGAACUUUACUGAACGGCUGGUAACGGAGCAGUCGGUCUUCUGUCUGCCUGCCUCAGCAUUUGAGUAUCCUAACUUCUUCCGCAUUGUGGUGACGGUGCCAGAGGAGAUGAUGGUGGAGGCCUGUGGUCGGAUCAGGGAGUUUUGCCAGUGCCACUAUCGGCCCCGCAGUCGCGACAGCAAUGAUCUGGACCAGUGAUUGGGCAGAGUUUGACCAGUUUGACAGUCUGGGCCUUGUGGAGACCAAAGCCUUAAGGAUGGAUGAACUGUCCUCUGGUCACAUACAGUAAUGAGCCAAAACAUUAUGAUCACCAUUGCCCAAUAUGCUGUUGGUCCUCUGCGUGCCAAUAAAACAUAUCUGACCUGCCAAAGCAUGUACUCUACAGGACCUCUCAAGGUGCCAUAUGAUGGUAACAUUAGCAGCAGAUCCUUUAAGUCUUGUAAAUUGUGAGGGAUAGCUGCCACAGAUGAAAUUUAGGCUGUAUUCAGACAGACAUUUGCCCUACAUUAAAACAAUGCAAGGGGCUGCUUUGAUAAGGGUGUCAUGUACUGGUGAGUCUAUGACAUAUGAUCUGGGAAGUCUACUUGGAGGAAAGGGGAUGGACAUGCAGACUUGCAGGUAUGUGAAUCCAAUGCAACGCCUUGCGGGAUAAUGUCACAUCAUCCCACAAUGUCACUUUUUUGUUUUGUUUUUGAAGUACCACCCUGUUCACUCUUCCCAUCUAAUAUAUCCCAGACCUUGACAUGCGCCAUUGUUACAAGAUAAUCACUUCGACUGUGUGUGGUCAUAAUGUUUUGGCUCUCUGGUGUAUAUUGAGCUGGAAUCAACUUUGAAGUUUUAUUCCACCAUGUUAUGAAGUUAGAUAUAUAGAAAUCUGAUGUGAAAAAACUAUUAAAGUUGUCAUCGCUGUGGCAACAAAGCUUGUAAGCAGCAUAUCUGGUGGUCCAUUCAUAAUGUAAUUUUUUAUGUAAACCAUAUGAAAUGAGCAGACCUAAUAUUUAUAUUUUAUACAGGCAACUUAUAUUAACCUCUACUUGUUUUUGAGUAUUUAUAUAAUUUGUGUAAUGCUUUGUAUGCAUGUAUGUAAUGUAACUUCUUUGAUAUGCACUGCAGGAUCACAGACUGUGCAUAAUGUAUACACCUGCUGGCUUCUUUGCUAUGACAUUUUGAUACUUUAUGCCUGUUCUUUACUUUCUGAUCCACAGUUAGAGGAAGUAUAUAUAUUCAGUAUAUAGUAUAGUAUAUACAUUUUUAUAAACAUUAUGUAUUCAUAAUCUUGCAUAUACUUUGCUUGUGCUAGAAAAUGACUCAGUGCAAAGUUUUAGAUUGCAUGGGUUUGCUCUUUAUCAGAACUUUCUCUGUUUAUUGUUUGUAUGUUAAUUAUGCCAUAUUGGAAGGCUUAUAUACUGUAUAUAUUUUUACAGACACAAAAUUUUAUUUAGUAUUUUUGUUGAUAGCUACCAAAU